AUGACUUACCCACGAUGGAGCGGAAGUCCCGCCUCCCGCCUGGACCCAACGGCCGCCCCUCACGGCUCGGGUGCCGAGCGGGGGCGCGCGGCGCGUCUCGGAGCGGAGCAGCCCGGCCCAGCCCAGCGCGGCGCGGGCAGACGCAGCCGGCGGGUGGCGGUGGCGGCGACGGCGGUUCCCGACCCCGCUGGUGCUGGGCCUCCGAUCGAGCGCGGCGGCCUCGGCCGGGGCGCUGGGGGAUCCCGCGGCGGCGGGCUGUAG